CUCUGACAUAAUUAACUACCCCUCCCUUCUCUCUCUCUCUCUCUUCUUUGUGAAGCCAGUAGCCACCAUCUCUACCUUCACUCCCUUCUCUCUCUCUCUCCCCUUUGCGAAACCAGUAGCCAGUUAGCCACCAUCUCCACCUUCUCUCUUCAUCCAUUUUUUCAUUAACAGAAUGCAUUAAUCAUUACCAAGAAGGCAAGAAUAGAGGCGUGGAGCUGCGGUGGCUGGAGGGGCCGUGGGGAGCUCCGGUGGACGUGUGGAGUAGAGGCACGGUGGCUUGGUGGGGAGAGCGAAUAAAGGUGCGGUCUAUUUUUUCAGUUUUGGGGUCAAAUGGGUUUUGGGUUUUGCUGCUGUCGAGUUUAGGUUUCGGGAGGACAAAAAAAAAAAAAAAAAAGGAGGAAACCGCCUAGCCGCUCAGACCGCCCAGGCGGCCGCCCAAAUCAUAUCCGCCUAAGGCUUCCGAUUUGCCAUAACUCGCCUCGGUCUGCUGCCGCCCAGCGCCUAAGCGGCCUGGGCGGCCGAGUUUUAGAACACUGCUUAAACUUCAUUCUUAAUCUUUUCAUUCAUCGUUAAACCCUAACAUUUUCUUUCUUAGCAUUCAUCUUCUUCAAUCGUUCUCGUGUUAUGCUAACAACUUUUAUGCCUCGAAAUGUAUCAUAUUAUCGCUACUUGGAGCCUAAAAAUGAGGUGAUCGCACUUUUGUUUUCCUGUUUCUUUGUUUAUGAUUAUAGAACUGAAAACUACACAUUGGCGUUGUCUCUUCACUAUCACUCUCACUCUGAAAUUAAUCACUUGCUACUGAAAUGACCCAUCGUUUUAAUUUAUUACUGCUUUGGAAUCUGCGCCGUGCAAACCCGCCGUUUUCGGUAUGUAUAUUGGCCCCCAUUAUGGGUUUAAAUGGGGUUUGGUUAUAGCUUACGAUGGCACAUGUUAUGCAGGUUCUUGUUCUCUAUUUCUAACUACUUCCAUUAAAGCUCAAAGCUUUGCCUCCUUUUGCUAUCAAAAUUUGUUGUGCUUUGCUUAAUUAGUUAUGGAUUAAUUCCAGAUUACCCACUUCAACUUUGGGACAAUCUUCAUUUUAGUCCCUGUUCUUUUAAUUUCAUCAGCUAUACCCCUGUGCUUCCAAAAUUAAUCAACCGUGUCCGAUUUUGUUAAUUCUGUCUAAAGAUUCCGUCAACUGAUGACGUGGCAGGAAGGGGGAUGCAAAAAGUCAAAAAUACCCUUUUAGACUAUUUUCCCUCCUUUUGGCGUGCAUCCCCAGAAAAGUUUUCACACCCCCCCUCCAACUCUGCGUCCAUCCCCAAAAACCUGAACUCUUAUCCAUUACGCUCCCAUUACCACUAAUUCAGUCUAAAUUCUUGACUCCUAUCCAUUACGGUCCCAUUACGGUCCUGAAAAUUUGAAAACCCAACUGAACCUGGAUUUCGUCUUCCAUUAUAGCUCCAUCUUCAGACUACCUAUCCCAAUCUCUAGUUUGAGGUUGAAAGCACAUGGCUGGUAAUGAGAUUGAAGAGUGGGUACCGAGAACGGAAGAAGGAGGUGAUGAUAUCCCUAAUUACGGUGGGUUUCGGUUUACCUCAAAUUUUGUGUAAGAAAUCGAUUAAUGGUUUAAGGGUUUAGCUUGGUUGAUAAGGGUUGAGAUUUAAGGUUUCAUAUUUUAAAACUUUGGUUUUGAAUGUCGGGUUUUGAGAAUUUCAAAAAUUUUCAUUUGGGGGUUUCGAUGAACAAUGAGACGUAGGGUUUAGGAGCUUAUUAUUUUGGUGGUUUCGAGUUAUGCCUGGGGUGAUGUUUGUGUUAGUGGCUCUGCACUUUGGUUUAUAUACUACAGAGACCUUCACACAGUCAGAGAGUCCGAGGAGCCAAAGCCAAAUCAAAACCCGUCCUUUCGAACACUCCGAGGGAUCACUCACACACCCAUUUCUCCAACAACUCUUCUCUUUCGAGGUUUCGCAUGAUCUGAGUUUCCCAACUCCUAUAUUAAGUCCUUCUACAUCGCCCAUAACCAUUCUUGAUCCAAUCAUGUCUCACUUGGCUCUCUCUCAGGUUUCACUUACUACUACUGUUCCUGCUGGAAGUGACUUAUCUCUGAGAAGAUCUGUGUUCAAGUGCAUCCUGAGUUAUUCACAAUCAAGAUGUACCAUGGUGGAAUUAUUAGGGAGCAGCAACAACAACCACUGCUAAAGCAACAACAAAGUCGAGCACUGCUUCACCCACUACACAAGCUGCUAGAGCAAACAGUAAAGCUUCUACCUCUGCAAAGUCUUCAACACCAACAAGAUCAUCACAGAGGAUUAGAGCUGGAAAGGAGGCAUGAAAAUAGACCUAGGAGGCUGAGAUUAGCAAGCCAGGUUAUUUUAUAUUGAUUGAUGAAAUGUUGCAUUAUUUUGUGCAACCUUGUGCUGUGUCACAAGGUUGCUGGGUCUAAUCUUUUGUUAUGAUGAUUAGAGCUAAUAUGGACAAAGCAACUAUUUCCAACUUUUUUUGUUGUUGUUUUGAUGCGAAACAGUGAAAUGCAUCUUAUUGGCUGCUAAUUCUUACGACAAU